GCCAGACAAUCUCUCCACGUUUUUCAUCAACUACGCCAAUAAUUUCUUAAGUUCGUGUCCCUGAAAGUUAUAUAAUCCACAGUCCUCAAUCAUAGUUAGUGUAAACAGAGAGUAAAAACAUUUAUCCUCAGUUUUAUUUAUGGAGGUGAUAAUGAUUAAUAAGAUAGGGUUUCAUGCCCUUCUUCUUCUUCUUCUUCUUCUUCUGCUACUCCUCAAUAACGGAGCAUCACAGUCCAUUGUCAAGUCUCUUCCGGGUUAUUCAGGCAAUCUGCCGUUCAAGCUCGAAACUGGAUACAUCGGCGUGGGAGAAAAUGAUGAAGUGCAGCUAUUCUACUAUUUCGCCGAGUCUCAAAACGAUCCCAGUACAGAUCCUCUUUUUAUUUGGUACACCGGUGGACCUGGUUGCACCGGAUUAUCCAGCCUCAUUUACGAAAUCGGUCCAUUCACUUUUGAUGUUGCAAAUUUUAAUGGAAGCUUCCCAUCUAUACUCCUAAAUCCAUAUUCUUGGACCAAAGUUGCCAGUAUUAUCUUUCUAGAUUUGCCUGUUGGUACCGGAUUUUCGUAUGCAACAACUUCACGAGGUUACUCUUCCUCGGACACCAAAUCAGCAAAAGAUAGUUACACGUUUCUUAGGAAGUGGUUAUUGCGUCACCCCAUGUUUAUCAAAAAUCCUUUAUAUAUUGCGGGCGAAUCCUAUGGAGGCAAACUUAUUCCCAUGGUUGCCAUGGAAGUAUUACGAGGAAAUGAAGCAGGAUUGCAGCCACCAAUGUCCCUCCAGGGAUACAUUUUUGGCAAUGGAGAAACGGUUAUAAUCGAUGAUUAUAAUUCGCGAAUUCCAUAUCUUCAUCGCAUGGCACUUAUAUCAGAUGAAUAUUUUGAGUCUGCAAAAACUAGCUGUGGUGAGAAAUAUUACGAUCAUGAUCCAAAUAAUCUGCAAUGUCUUCAUGCCCUUCAACAGAUCAAUAAGUGUAUAGAGAAUCUAAACCUAGUUCAUAUCUUGGAACCAAAUUGUGAAAAAUUUAAAGCAAGAAAGCCAGAUAAACUUGGAUGGGAUCGAUCAUUUUCAGAAGACGAUUCAAUUGACCACAUCCUACUCCCAUCAUCUAGACAAGAUCAACCGUGGUGUCGCGAACAUAAUUAUAUUCCGUGUGGUGUUUGGGCAAAUGAUCCAUCCGUCCAAGAAGCUCUUCAUAUUAGAACGGGAACGGUAACAGGCUGGAAAAGAUGCAAUCUCAACAUAUCAUAUGUACAGGAUGUUGAAAAUGUUCUUCCAUAUCAUGAAUUUUUCAGCAAGAGAGGAUAUGAAGUUCUAAUAUUUAGCGGUGAUCAUGACAUGGCUUGUCCAUAUGUGGGUACUUUAAAAUGGAUUCGCAUGCUCAAUUUGACCGUCAAAGAGAAUUGGAGACCUUGGAAUGUCGACGGCCAAGUCGCGGGAUACACAGAGAAGUACAAGAAGAAUGACUUCAAUCUCACAUUUGCAACAGUCAAGGGUGCUGGACAUACGUGUGCAGAGUACAAGCCUAAGGAAUGUCUUGCGAUGCUCCAACGGUGGAUGUCUCGACGUCCUUUAUAGGUAUGGAUAGAAGGGAAAGUUUUCGGAAUUCAUUUAUUAAACCAUUUUAGCAUCGUAGUCUCAAUAAAAUCAUGUGUUUUUAAGUUCAGCUAAUGAAACCUUUUAUUUUUAAGUACAAGUGUACAACUUGAAUUCAAUCGUAUUGAGCUUUAGAGGACUACAUUGAUUUGUAAAGUUAUGAAUUUGUUGAAUUUCGCCCAACUUCAAUUUGCUUAGGUUGAGUGGCAUGAAUUGAAUUAUA